UUUCAGAAAUCAGGGGAGAGACAGAGUGGUUAUUAGUGAGCGUUCAUCAUAUAUAAUGUGAAUAUUUAUAAAAUCUGUUUGUCCUGUGAAAGGCCAUGUUUGUCCUAUGCACAUUUUCUAUCUUUCCUGGAUACUUUUUCCAGAUUAGGUAAAGUUAACUGCUGACUAUAAUGUUUAAUGGCAUGACUUUUUAAAUAAAAUAGCUAGCUAAAGAAAGUUGGUGAUCUGUGCUCUUCACCUGUGCUAUGACACACCUAGUUGUCUCUUAAUAGCACCUCUAUUACCUGUCACUGGAUUAACAAAAUAGCUAUUGUUUGUCAGUCUAGCUCAAAAGAAAGCUAACCUAAAAAUCACUCAGUUGCAAUCUUUCCCUCUCAUGGGUUGCAAGUGUGGGGAGUAGCAUCUUCUCUUGUGCGUUACAAGUAGCUAAUUAGGCACCCACCCAGACCGAUAUGUGCGGUAGUGGCUUCCGGUAGUGGGCCGGCCCAAAGCUGAGCUAGCUAAGACAUUUGAUGAGGUGUGCAACACAUCAGAAGAUCUGCCAAUGCUGGUCAGAUGUUAUAAAGGACACGCUGCUCUGAGGCCAACGUUGGUGAGACACGAGUGCUGUCUGGGUAUAAGCAGCUAUAACCAGUUUCUGAAACAGUUCGAUUGCAGUUAAUAUGAUAAAAAAGAAAAAAAGAAAGCUGUAUACUCCUUUUGUUGAGAAUUUUUUACAAACAGUGACUGUGAACGGGCAACAUGGUAAAUGAUAAAGUGUAUAAUGAUUUUAGAGCUAAGUUAUGCCUGUCUGAGGAGAAAUUAAUGUAGGUCUACGGCAGUGGCGGCCGGCCCAUAGGGGGCGCUGGGGCACCGCCCUCCCUGAUAAGAGGGGCUUAAAAUUUAAAAUAUAUUUUUACAAAUUAAGUUUUUAAAUUCGGUUUACCCACCAGUAUGUGCCUACAUGCGAUAUGAAUAACAUAUACAACAUUUCCCACCUAGUGACAUUCAUUCACCAGUGAAUUUCCACAGACAGACUUGUAUCGUUUCUGUCAUGGGGCGCUGAGAAAAAGCGCCCCUGAGUGCAGCCAAAUAGCCAGUCAUGUACUGUUGCUAGGGUAAAUUAAUAAAUGUGCAGCCAAUCAGUUUCUCAGAAUUUUAUGGUCUUGGGGCGCUGGAAAUUCUGCCCCAAGCAGCAGAAAAUACCGCGAGAUUUAAUUUUUUUUUCUUUUGAGGCGCGGCCAAUCAGAGAGAGGCGCGGUCAAUCAGAGUAAUGAUGGCGAACUUAACGAGCGAAGAGCAGUUUCCACCAAAUUCUGUGAGAUCCUUAUUAAUAUACCCGUUUUAGACUGUUGUGUUAAAUUGCAUUUUUUAAACUGUUUUUCUUUGUGUGAACCACUUUGAGAUGCAACUUUGCUUGAAAGGUGAUCCAGCUGAUCAUACCCUUUGAUGUUGAUUAUUGUAUUUGAUACUCUCUUAAGCAUGCAUGGCGUAUUAUACAAUGGAAAUUUGUUCAUUUACUUUAUCUGUGAAACUGGUGAUUUUAAGGAGGAGAUUAAAUCAUUACUGUUAAUUGUAAUCAUCGUCUGACUGUUAAUUUUAAUUCUUAUAUUGGACUAAGCAAAGAAAUAUUUUGUCACAUCAGCCCCACCAGGAAAAUUUUUCACCAGCCGCCACUGGUCUACGGCCACGUUCACACGUAUUUUUAAAAAUGGAGAUUUUUUUUUUAUUUUUUUUAUUAUAAUUCUGUCCACACAACCUACGUUUUAAAAAUAUCUUUGUCUAAAUAAAAACCUGUCAGGAGCAUCCCUAAUCAAAAGAGGGCCAAUCAGGAGCCUAGACCAAACGUCAUUACUGGUUUAAACAUUUUUACAGUUUGUCUCCACCCAGUUCAGCUGUAACAACUUUGAUAUACACCUAUGUGAGCAUGCACAAAGGCACGGCUGGGAUAGCAAAAUUGGGGCGUGCCACGCUGAGGGUCCGUCCACACGAAGCCGGUGCGUUCCCUAUCCGAUCUUUUUUUUUCGUGAACACGGCGUCGUCUCACGAAAUAUCUGCGUACACACGAAAGCACUGAAAACGAUGUAGUAUAUAUGCCAGACCAGUAUGGGGCGCUGUAAUACUGCCAUAGAGAUACGCUAUACGCGGAGAAGAAGACUUUGAGCAUGCGCAUAACCUUGCGCGCUGUAUACGAACCAAAAUGAAGAAGACGAAGAUGGCGAAGGCAACAACUUCAAGAGCAAGAAUGGAGUCUUUCGUGUGGACUGACGACGAAGUCGAACUUCUGCUCAGAGUCACACUCGACUACAAGAACACUAAGCUCCAAGAAAACGUGAACUGGGAGUCGUGUCACUCCAAAUAUAGUGAUAUAAUGGACGCGUUUCAGGCACGGUAUCCGAGGGAGCUAACCAAUAAGGAUUUCCCUCACGUUGCUACCAUGGCCUCAAAAGCCCAAGUAACCGCAAAGUUGAAAAAUAUACGGAGGAAAUACAGGAAUGCGGUGGACACAGGUUGUCGAAGUGGUCAAGGACGGGUAGUACUUAUAUUUUAUGAGCUUUGCGAGGAGAUCUGGGGUCGUUCGCCUGCUACACGCUCCAUCGAUGCCGGCAUCGAGACGGGUGACCUGGAAGACUCGUCUACAGAUUCUCCAAACUCCUCUGAAUCCUUCAACCGUCUUACAUCUGCGGUUGUAAAGCAGCGCCGGGAUUUGCUCCAGGCAAAGUUGAACAGCCAUCGAGGACACAGGCUGAAGACGAAGGUCCCCACCGAUAUGGCAGAGGAGGACCUUAAAAUAAAGAGGAGGAUGUUGGAGUUGAUGGAGGCCUCUUCUAGACGCAACUCCGAAAACAUUGCUAACAUUACCAGCACAAUUCAGGAGGGUUUUUCCUUCAUGAAGGAACUAUUCCAACGUCACUUUACACCCACCCACAGCAGCAUUGGUCAAUCCCAAGAGCACCCACCAUCAUUCAUGAACACAACACCACACCCUACUACACCAGCCUUCCCGCACACACCUGGGCCUGAUAGACCAGCAAACCAACCUGUUUAUCUCAACGAUAUUAAGGAAGAGAAGUUUUGUGUCAUAAAUACUAUUUAAUAAAG